UUUUAAGCGGAGUACGUCACGGGGAUGAGCCAGACUGUAGUCUACACUCAUCUUUCCCCCAGGAGGCUCUCCUUCCCAGCCCCUUUGUUCAGUCUAGCCGGUGGGUUGAGUCAGUCAGAAGGAGGCUGUGCUAGCCCAACAAAUCCAAAUCACUGUGGGAACACCGACAAGAGAAAGAAGAGGCCGAAAAAUAUAUACACGGGAGGACGUUUUCAGUUAGAGGCGCACAGCAGAAAGAAAACGGAAAAAGUUGGUUUUUCAGUGUUGCUGAUGCUGCGUUUAAUGCCGGUAACCGUCUGGACCUGCGUGCCAGCGUUCGGCUCAUUUAAGUCCAUUAUCUUCGCUCCAGUGUAGCCGCCUGAGCUAACACGCUGUUAGAGAUGAACCGGCAGGCUACAUGCUAACCCAUCACCGGUAUAUUGCUGACAGUGUGCAGUUGUUGCCACCAUCCAUCCACUGAUCCACGCUGACUCUCCCUUUCAGUUUCUGCUCAGCAUCCAUAUUUGCAUCCCAGGGAGUGGCAGCCACUAAUCCCCUGUUUUCCACCCGUGGCUAGGAAUUCAAAGUUGGACACCCCCUGAAUUUUCUCACAGGAUGCUAAAACAUGGAGACUGACAGCCACCACUCCCACAUCUAGUGCCUGAUCCAAAAGCCUUCAUCGCCCAGGGAGAAGGAACUCUCAGGUCUCCCUGCUAACGUAGAAUGAACAUGCUCAAGUCCAGUGGACUGAAAAUCCCUGGGCGCGGGGCCAAGCAUUCCAGCCCAGUGGGAAGGACCUCGGCGGGUGGAACGUCCAGCCCCGUUGCCCCUAAAGACAGUGCUGCGCUGAAGCCCACCACUCCAACUAAAAUCUCUGAAGAGGGCGACGAUGUUUUGGGGGAUUACACCGUUGGCGAACAGGUUUGGGUCAAUGGUGUGAAACCAGGAGUUAUCGCCUACCUUGGGGAGACCCAGUUUGCUCCAGGACAGUGGGCAGGCGUCAUACUGAAUGACCUAGUUGGCAAAAACGAUGGUUCAGUGGGUGGCGUGCGCUACUUUGAGUGCCAGCCCCUCCAGGGCAUCUUUACCCGACCCUCAAAGCUCACCCGACAGCCAGUCGGAGAGGGGAGCGACAGCCACUCCACCGACUCAACCCAGAAUCAGACUCAGCAGGGUGGCAGCGGCGCCCCCGCCGGCCAGCGAGUGGUGGUACCGCUCAGAGAAGGCCUGCUCAACAGCGCCGUGAAAACAGGAAAUGAGUCUGGGUCCAACAUGUCCGACAGUGGUUCGGUUAAAAAAGCAGGAGAUAAAGAUCUUCGAGUUGGAGAUCGAGUUUUGGUUGGAGGCUCGAAGAUGGGAGUCAUACGCUAUAUGGGGGAGACAGACUUCGCCAAGGGCGAAUGGUGUGGGGUCGAGCUGGAUGAGCCUCUGGGGAAGAAUGAUGGUGCAGUAGCUGGUACAAGAUACUUUCAGUGUCUCCCUAAGUUUGGCUUGUUUGCUCCGGUCCACAAAGUGAUCCGCAUCGGCUUCCCCUCCACCAGCCCGGCGAAGGCUAAGAAGAGCAAGCGGGUGGCAAUGGGAGUUUCCUCUCUGGCCCACAGCCCCAGCAGUUCCUCCAUCAGUUCAGUCAGCUCGGUGGCCUCCUCUGUAGGCGGACGUCCGAGCCGUGCUGGACUGCUGACGGAGACAUCAUCGCGCUACGCACGGAAGAUCUCGGGCACCACCGCGCUGCAGGAAGCCCUGAAGGAGAAGCAGCAGCACAUCGAGCAGCUGUUGGCCGAGAGGGACUUGGAGCGGGCGGAGAUGGCCAAGGCCACGAGCCACAUCUGCGAGGUGGAGAAAGAGCUGAGCGGCCUCAAGGCUCAGCACAUGCAGUAUGUGACAGAGAACGAGAAUGCUCUCCAACAAGUCAAAGCCAUGCUGGCCAGCACGCAGAAGGAUAAACUGGAACUGGCCAAUCAGCUCGAAGAAGAAAAAAGGAAAGUGGAGGACCUACAGUUCAGAGUAGAAGAGGAAUCCAUCACCAAAGGAGACCUGGAGACUCAGACGAAAUUGGAACAUGCCCAUAUUCGUCAGCUUGAGCAGAGCCUGCUCCUCGAAAAGUCGAGAGCAGAGAUGCUCCACAAAGAAUUAGAGAAGCGGAGGCAAACUACAGUUGAGGAGAAGAGCCGCAUCAUGCAGCUGGAGGAGGAGCUCAGCCUCAGGAGAGCCGAGAUCGAGAAUCUCCAGGUCCAGCUCAAAGGGGCUGACGCAAGCUGGCAGAAAGCUGACCGUGUCGAUGCGACCCAGGGGUCCGACGCCCAGCCAGAGACCCUCCUGCUGCGCGAGCAGCUGCUGUCAGCGGGCCGGGAGCACUACAAGGAGAGCAGCGAGCUCAGAGAGAAGUACGAGACUGCCUUAGCCGCAAGCCAGCAGGAGGUCGACUCACUGAAGGCUGUCGUGGAGAAACAGAACGUGGAGAUCAAUGAGAUGAAACAGAAAGUUCAACAGGCCACAAAGGAAAACGUGGAAAUGAUGGACACCUGGAAGGCUAAAUUUGACACUUUAGUCAGUGACCACCAGCGAUCCUUGGAGGAACUAAAGGCAACACUGAGCAGUAGUCAUACCGCUACAGAAGGUCAAGAGCAGGACACCCAGGAGCUGAGGGCCACACUGGAAAGCCUGAAGAUGGAGCACCAGCUAGAGGUGGAGAACCUCAAGGCCAAACAUAAAAUUGAAGCUGCCAUCCUGACAAAGGAACGAGAGGACCUCUGCACUCGUCUGCAGGAGGCCAAAGACCAGCUGGCUGAAGGCAACCAGACAUGGAGGGCUGAAUUGGAAGCCAAAAGUGGAAAGCACGCGCUGGAGGCAGCUACGGAUAAGCUACAGAAGGCGGAGCAGAGGCUGGCAGAUAUGGAGACGCUUCAGAUGGAGCAGAACAAAAGAGCGGAGGAGCUGAGGGAGAGGCUGGAGCUGUCAGAGAAGCAGAUGACGGACUACCAGGCUCUGCAGAAAGCUCAGGAGGCGAGCCAAGAAGAGAUCCAGAAACUCGAGGAGAAGCUGAGGGUGACGGCCAACCAGCUCCAGGCCAUCCAGGCAGAGCGCUUCACAUCUAAUGAUGCUAAUGUGAUAGAAGAUAAUGAAAUUUCAGAUGAGAAGAUGAAGCUAAAACAGAACAUAGAAGAAACAAUGGAGAAGCUGCUGAAAAGGGAAAAAGAAGUCUCUACUCUCACUUCCCAGGUCGAAGCCCUCAAAUCACAAAUCGGAGCGCUGGAGGGCAAAGUUCGCAGCGGGGAGAAGAGAGCCGAAGCCCUGGCCAAGGAGAAGACGCGCGUGGAGGCGGAGCUGGAGUCCAUGACCAAGAAAUCCCAUGAUGCCUCUGGGCAGCUGGUGAGCAUCAGCCAGGAGCUGCUGAAGAAAGAGAGGAGUCUGAAUGAGCUGAGGGUGUUACUCCUGGAAUCACAUCGUCAUUCCCGGGAUAUGGACAAAGACCUGAGCAGAGAGGUCCACAAGGCUGAGUGGAAGGUCAAGGAGCAGAAACUUCAGGAUGACAUCAAGAUGCUGCGAGAAAAACUGCUUUUACUGGGUCGGGAACGAUCCUCCCCUGACCACCGGCGGUACUCGAUGCUAGACCCCUCGGCUCUGGACUCGGAGGUGACCCGUCUGCGCCAACGGCUGCUCAGCACUGAGGACGCCCUGAGGAACGCCUUAGAGCACAACCAACAAGUCGACCAGCUGGUCCAGGCCAUGCGGAAGCAUCCAGAAAAAAGCCCGGUCCACGGUGCAAAUUCGGCUAAUGGAAUUCACCACCAGGAGUCACACAGCGCUCAAGAUGAACAACACUGAUAUGAGCAGAUGCGAUGAGAGUGAGACGCUGACGUGACCCCGAGUGAACUGGGACGUGCUGAAGUACACCUGAAACGACAAAGUUUGGUCCGACGUGUCUCCCGAUGCUGCGGUGGACGCCUGAAACAUUUCAGUUUACAAUUAAUACCAAAACAGCGAAUCUCUGUCUCAAGUGAAUAUAUGUGUUGUUACAGAAAGCACCUAUUAGCCAAUCAUGAAGACCACUUAAAAGUACUUUAAACAGGAAAAAAAUAAGAAAAAGAAAGAGGUAUGGACGUGAAGAGAUUAUCAGCUCAACAACUGCUGAGAACUGGCAGUGCAGCAACUUUUGAUGCUUUACAUUAGUUAGAAAAUUUGAAGCUACAAGUUGAAGUUUUGUCGUUCGCUGAAGUCUGAAUGACCGUGCUGAAUUUUGACAAAGAAAGCAAAAAGACUGAUGGACGACGAGAAGAAAAACUGGGUCUCAGUCGCUUUGUUUUAUUUAUUACUUUUAUUUUGCUCCUUGGCUUUGUAAUAAUCCUGUCUGCUGUACAUGAGCUGAUGGCCUGAUUUUCUUUUUAUUUUAAAGGAAGUUUGACUCGUGUCUCACCUUGCUUGAUAUCUGAUGAGGAUUGGUAGCAAACAUUUCCCUUAAUCCAGAAUCAUUUGAACUCACUUUUAGUUACACUGCACCAGAUCAAAACAAGUCAUCUCAGGGCACUCGCCAUAGUAACUAAGACAUUACACUAUAAUAAUAGCAUCUCUGCUACAAACUUUGUGAAAAUAACCAGUUUUUACAGUCACUUUUCAACUUUGUGUUUUUAAAAGGAACAUGAACACUGAACAAAUACAAAAGCAACAGUUUGUUGGAAUAUAGGAGAAGAUGACAUAAGGUGGAAGAAUAGUACAAAGCAAUGCUGUCCUGUCUGCAGACCGAGUAUGUACUCAUCCAGCACAGUGCUGUCAAGCACCGGUGCUUUCGUUAUGCUUAAAUGCAGUCUGAAGACACGUUUGGACUUUUUUAAGUUUUCUUGAUCCAUAUUUUUAUUUUUAUACUCCACUAGAGUAGCUUUACAGUUCAGAGUACUCCUUAUUGAUCAGAUACUGCCCUUCAGUUCAUCCUCUGAAACAAGAUGUUUUAGCCCCUCCCCCAUUACAACAGUUGUCUUCUGAUUGGCUGCCCCCUACAAACAUAUUUGAACAGCAGGUGUGCAGGCCUGCUCUGGGAUUGAAUCCACUGUUCAAAUUCUGAAUUGGAUAAGUGGACGAGGAUGGAUGUUGACCUGAGCGUUUGAAAGCUUGGCCAUGUUUAAUAUGAGCAGUCACCAUGAUAACAGUACAAAGGAAAAGCACAGUGAAGGACGUGCUUUACUGAACAGUGGCAUAAUUUCUAUUCCUCUACGGCCACCGCCUGCCUGGUCAACAUUUCUGUUUGCAGCAAACAAACAUGCCCUUGAAGUUAUGAAGUUCUCAGGUAGCUCCUCAGAACCAUUUGGUCCCAAAGCGCCUUAAUGUACGUAUACUGGUAGAAGCACGAUGAGCACAAAGUUAGGUUCAGUGUGGCCGCUUAAAUGUUGACUGGAGCUCUUUUAACGGUCAUUUCUGGUCCAAGGAUAAAAUACAAAAUCAACCUCUUCCUGUCUUGGAAGACCCCGCGCUCCCUCGCCAACACACAUGAAGAGCGUCAUCUGUUCCAGGACUGAUGGUGAUGAUGUUACUACCAAUCCUCCCUUAAGGUGUUUGUUAAGCUUUUCAGCCAUUUACACAUCAGUGGACUCAUUGUUCAGACUGAAGACUGAACCUGGGAGACGUUGCAGGACAUUUGUAGAACAAAUACAGUGAACCAUUUCAGACUUUUUCCAUUGUCUAAAACUGUCUGACCGCACAUCAAUACAUCUCUUUCUCUGAUCAGUGGCUUUGUGUUAAUUUACUAUAUAUGGUACAAAAUACAGUGUGAGCCCAUUGUAAUGGCCCUGGAUUUCUUUACUGACCCUUUCUGAAGUCUGCUGAAGGGCUUUCCCGGGAGCUAAAACCCAAACAACAGAUGUGGGAAGUUACGCUCAUCCUUCCCUGGAUCGAAAUCAUCCGGAUUUCAUUUGCCUCUAACAUUUAUACUCUUAAGUCUUCCAAAUAUUGUUUUUAUCCAUUUGUCAAACUGAACUAAGGGGGGAUCCUGUUUGUAGUUGGUCACAGGUUGCUAUUGCUUCACAGGAGACACUACACAGAGGUGGGGUGGGGGUUUGCAGAAAGGCUUGAGUAGUGUCCCCUGAGAACACAUGCAGGGCAGGCACUGGUCAGCUCAAAUAAAACCUGAAUUUUCCACUGGAUAUUGUACAUGGCCUUUACAGCUAGAGGGUUCAUACCCUUUGGAGUAUUGCUGCGAUGGUUUUGGAGAUUGAGUCAUUAAAUAUUAACAAUGUG